AUGCCUCGCCAAGCCACCCCGCGUUUGGUGGUGGGGGAAGGUAGAGGGUCCCAGGGAGCACUGGGGGGCGCCGCCACCAUGCUCCGCUCCCUGCUGCUUCACUCCCUGAGGCUCUGCGCCCAGACCGCCUCGUGCCUCGUGCUCUUCCCGCGCUUCCUCGGCACGGCCUUCAUGCUCUGGCUGCUCGACUUCCUGUGCAUCCGCAAGCAUUUACUGGGCCGCCGACGCCGGGGUCAGCCCCAAACUGAAGUGGAGCUCAACAGCGAUGGCGAGGAGAUGCCCCCCGACGACCCGCCUAUCUGCGUGUCCGACGACAACCGCCUGUGCACCCUGGCGUCGCUGAGGGCAGUGUGGCACGGCCAGAAGUUGGAUUUCUUCAAGCAGGCACACGAAGGCGGUCCAGCGCCCAACUCCGAGGUGGUCCUGCCCGACGGCUUCCAGAACCAGCACAUCCUCGACUACGCCCGAGGAAACCGCCCGCUGGUGCUCAAUUUCGGUAGCUGCACCUGACCACCGUUCAUGGCGCGGAUGAGCGCCUUCCAGCGCCUGGUCACCAAGUAUCAGCGCGACGUCGACUUCCUCAUCAUCUACAUUGAGGAAGCGCACCCCUCGGACGGCUGGGUCACCACGGACUCUCCCUACAGCAUCCCGCAGCACCGCAGCCUGGAGGACCGGGUCAGCGCAGCGCGGGUACUGCAGCAAGGUGCUCCCGAAUGCUCUCUCGUCCUCGACACCAUGGCCAACUCUAGCAGCUCCGCCUACGGCGCCUACUUCGAGCGCCUCUAUGUCAUCCAGAGUGGCACCAUUAUGUACCAGGGCGGCCGUGGCCCUGAUGGCUACCAGGUCUCCGAGCUGCGCACCUGGCUGGAGUGCUACGAUGAGCAGCUGCAUGGCCCUCAGACCCGUCGAGUGUAAACAGCCAAUGGACAAUUGACUGAACUUGGCGGGCCAUGCCUUCGAGCCUUCGAAGCCCACGUGCAAACGCACCCAAACAAAGGCAGGCUUGGUGAGGGCCCAGUGACACAGCUGUGCUGAGCCAUGGAUCUGAGGCUGAGUCUGCGCUCUCGGCCAAGCCACCUGAAGACUCUCCUCCGCCCCCCCCCCCCAGACUCUGCCUUUGUGACUGCCCUUGCCUGUACUUGCCUGGCUCGCUCUAAACCCCCUUCUGAGCGCGGAGGCAGCGCCACCCUUGCCUGUGUGCCCCUGGACUUGUCCUCGCAGCGGCCCCUGCCACGCGAUCUCACACGCCCUCCUCAGAAGAGAAUAGCCAGUGUGCCUUUAGCCAGGCGCAGUGGCCCCGCGCGAAGAGACUGGCUGCGCCCGCGCGCCCUGAGCGCAGCUGGGUUCCAGCAGCGCGAGCCGCUCGCCUUAGUUGCCUGGCACCCACACCUGUCGCGCACGGGGAAGGGAUGCCCUGCUGCUUUUGUGUCUGUUUCUUGUCCCCGAGCUGGGGGAGGAGGUUUGGGGUGGGGAGGGGUAGGCAGGGUUAUUUCCCCUCCCUUUAUUUUCGGUGCUCACGAGCCCCGCUGCU